AUGGUCGGUCCUUGGCAACCUGGCUGCCACUACAACCCCGGCGACGUCGUCGAUUAUCGCGGCUGUCACUACCGCAUCGCUCAGCCUCAUCGCUCGCAACCCGACUGGGCUCCCGACUGCGCGCCUGCUCUUUGGCAGCGAAUGAACGGUAAUCAGCAUCACCAGCCCCAGCAUGGGCACCAUGGUCCUCCUCAGCAUCAUAUGGGUCAUCCUCAGCAGCCGCAGUAUGAACAGCAGCAACAGCAAGCCAGCGAAAAGAUCGAAGUCGUCCCAGCCAACAGCACUGAUCCUCGCAAGCAAUCUUACCAAGGCUUCGACAUUGGCGGCCUCCACAUUUCUGAUGAUCAGCUCAAAGCCGGAGGAGGGAUCCUUGGUACGGCCGCUGCUAUUGGUCUCGGUGCCUUUGCAUGGGACAAGUACAAGGACUCCAAGGACAAUAAGGCCGAGCAGCAGUGGGGUUACAGUAACUGGGAGCAAGAUGCACGUCGCCGUCAGGGCGAGUACCUUGAAGCCAUCAAGAACAAUGCUCCGCUGCCGCCCGUCUGCUGGGUGCUCACAAAUGGAAACAGCAUCCCAGCUGGGGCUUUGAAAGGCGGCCAAGAAGCCAACGGUACUCCUCUGUACAUCGCUCGCGCGUUCCACGAGAAUUCCGUUCAGAUUGGUAAAGCGUCGGCUGAUCUCCGUGAUGGCGCCCAUAUUCCCUAUGGAGGCAAAGAAAUUGCUGUGUUCAACUAUGAAAUUCUCCUCGGUCUCGAAAACGCUGUCAAAUGGGUUGAUGGCGAGGGACCCCUGAAGAACAAAGGCGAGAAGCUUGUCGAAGGUGGCCGAGAGGCUGAUGGCAAGCCUUUGUACAUUGCUCAAGCGCACAUCAAAGGAAGCGUUCAGCCUGGAAAAGUGGGCGAGCAUUUGUCCAAGUGCUGUGUUGCCUACGGAAACGAUGAGAAGGAAGAGAAGCAUUAUCGAUACCUUUGCUACGCGUGAAAGUUCUGUUCAGUAAUUUAGGGGCUCUCUUGUGAGUUGGAGUUGUCUGUUUUCUCGGCGGUAUGGGUUGUGCUUAUGUUUCGUUUAGCGUUACCAUCUAUGUUGAUUAAAUCUUGUAAAUGUUUCCCG